UGUCAACCAUUGAUGCGGCCUCACUGUUCCAACAGAAAAGGUUUGGGUAAGCUACCUUACCAUGUUUGUAAGCUCAUGGAAGCCUCCGAUCAGACUGGGUUGUUCGAAAGUUCGAUGUCUUUUAUCUGCCCGAAACAGGCCUCUCGUUGUCAAUAGUAAGCGACGAGCAUUUUUGCAUGCCAAUUGUCCUCGAUUUGCAUCAGCUCUGAUUGAUCUACGAAGCGAUACAGUGACUAAACCAUCCCGCCCAAUGCUAGAAGCGGCUCUCAGUGCUCGCACAGGAGACGAUGUCAUGGGAGAGGACCCUACAGUCUUGGAACUUGAGGAAACGGUAGCGGACUUGUUCAGAAAAGAAAAAGGCCUUUAUGUGCCGACCGGAACAAUGUCAAAUCUAGUGGCCAUAAUGUCGCACUGCAAUCGGAGAUCAUCGGAAAUCAUUAUUGGGGCAAACUGUCACAUCUGUCUAUGGGAGGGAGGGAACACGGCUGGUUUGGGUGGGGUCCAUACUCGCCAACUCUUGGAGGAUGAAACCACAGCACAGAUCCACCGGGAUCAUAUCAGCGACGCCUUUCGUUCUGACGAUGAUGACCAUUUUGCAAAAACAGAACUGUUGUGUCUUGAAAACUCUCACAACAUGAUGGGAGGCGUUGCUUUACCGCUUUCCUACGUCGAAGAUAUUGGACACUUGACUACCGAGUUGGGAAUUAAGCUCCACAUUGAUGGAGCAAGAAUUUUCAAUGCAUCGGUGUGCCACAACGUACCCGUUGAUAAUCUUUGCAAGCCGGCAGAUAGCGUGUCUGUCUGCCUCUCAAAGGGUCUUGGUGCUCCCUUGGGAAGCGUCUUGGUGGGGGACACGGACUUCAUCCGUUUAGCAAAACGUGCAAGAAAACGAUGCGGAGGGGGGAUGCGCCAAGCUGGGGUGGUCGCGGCGAUGGGACUCUACGCCAUCCACAACAACAUAUCUAGGCUCGAGGCGGACCAUAGAAGGGCAAAACGAUUGGCAAAUGAGCUGCAAAAGAAUGGCUUUUAUCUUGCUAGGAACGGUGCCGUUGACACCAAUAUGUUUUACUUUGGUCUGCCAGAUAACUCGAAAGUUGAGUGGAAGGAUUACUGCAAGAUUUUACAGACCAAGCAUGGCGUAGGCCUGACCGGCGGAUAUUCUCGUGGAGGGAGACUGUUCCGGGCCGUUACUCACUUGGACAUUUCGGACAAAGACAUUGACCGAGCGGUCGAAGCUAUGGUCUUAGCCGCAAGGUUGAGCUAGACAAGUUUCCUUUGGGAGCCAAUGUUACCUAAUGUAAAUGAUGCACUUGCAUAAAUGCAAGGUGUUAUAUUUGAAGCGUUCAAAUAUUUUGAUGGAAAUGAUCCGGGAUUGCACGCUACAUGGAGCUAACCAAGGCGUGCUAAUGUGUUGGGAAUCACUCGUUCAAGAGCAGUUGACAAACUGGGAGAAACAGGCAAUCCCGCAUAUUGUUGGGCCAGGUUGUUCCUCUGAUAGCUUCAAUUCGCUUGUCAGCAAGUGUCUAGUCCCAAUUCAGUUGUGCCUUCGAGGUAAAGACUCACUAUACCCAACCUGCAAUUAAGUCCCGGUUUGGAUUGGCGCAAACCCGUUUGUGGCAUUGAAAAUUGUGAGGACGUAGGCCCUCGAACGAUUGACAAGGUCCUUUCAAAUCUCAAUGCUCAUGGAAUCAUAAAAGAAAUAUCGUUGGAUCAGGACCAGACUUUGAUUUUUGCUCGUCGGGCCUUUUCUCAAUCAUAUUCGAAAACAUUUUUGCUUC